UCGGUUAUCGUUUGUUUCUCCAGCGAUUCUCGGAUGUAAACGCCAGUAAGCUGUAUGAAUUCGGUACAAGAACAUCGUCUCUUUCAAUGCGAGUUUGAAGUUAUCAGAGAAUCCCGAAUAAUCGGUUAAAUAAAACGAAAUGACUUAUUUCUUGAACAACGAAUGGGGCAAAAAUCAAUAUCAAAAUCUCAGCAAUGCAAGAACGACCGAUAAUUCCACUGUGCGAUCUGUUGUGACGUCCCUGAUCGUAGCUCUCUGUAUGGCAUUGUUAAUAUUAUUCUUCUGGGACGUCAGCCGACACUCAGCCAAAACACACGUUUUUGUGAUAGACACAUCGCAACCAAUUUUGUACACGACUUCAGAGAAAUUUUUAUCAUUUGGCCUCGAUUCUUCAUUGCUUAGGCAUAUGAAAAAUUUUCCUAUUAAAGAUGAGAAAUUUGUCAAUUUGGCGCGUCAUUUGAGUCCGGCUUAUGUACGCUUCGGUGGCACUUCUGCUGAUUGUUUAUUUUUCAAUGAGACUUCAUUCGAUUUUUCGACUAACACAACCAGUCCUGUCGAUGGACAGGACAUAAGCAAUUUUACAAUAACUGAAAAUGAUUUUUUGGAUUUGUACAAAUUUACGGAAAAAUCUGAUUUGCGGAUGAUGUUUGAUCUCAAUGUAUUAAUCAGACUGCCUGAUGGAACGUGGGACUACAAUAAUGCUCAAGAAAUCAUUGAUUUUGCUAAAAGUCGAAAUAUGCUUGUCGAUUGGCAACUAGGCAAUGAACCAAAUUCUUUUCCUCACGCAUUUGGUAGAACUGUGACUGCCGAACAAUUAGGUCGUGACUAUAGUCGUCUGCGUGCGAUAUUGAAUCUAUCCGGUUACCAACCAAGCAUUCUUGUUGGACCAGAAGUUAACCACAUUGGCGAUGAAAAUCAUCAUGCGGAAGAAUAUGCUAAAGUUUUUCUUGAAAAUAAUGAAAACAGUGUUGACUAUUUUACAUGGCACCAGUAUUACCUCAAUGGCAGGCAAGCACACGUCAAGGAUUUCAUAAAUCCUUCAACGUUCAAAUAUCUUGCGAUGCAAAUUGAGGGAAUCAACACGAUGAUCAAAUCUACCGGACAGAAAAUAAAAAUGUGGCUUUCUGAGACAAGCACCGCUUACGGUGGAGGAGCUCCUGAAUUGUCGGACAGAUUCGUGGCUGGAUUUUUAUGGCUGGACAAAUUGGGCUACAGUGCGACAACAGGAGUUGCAGUCGUAGUGAGGCAAUCCCUGUUUGGAGGCAAUUACGCGAUGGUUGGACCAGAUAUCACGCCUAAUCCAGAUUGGUGGGUCAGUGUACUGUACAAGCAACUCGUCUCGAAGAAAGUAUUGCGUUUAGUGACUGCCAACGAUUCUCCAACCGUUCGAUUGUACGCGCACUGUACACCGGAAAGUGCUUUAAUUAAUCGGGUUCCAGCUAUUACUUUGUACGGCAUGAACAUUGAUGCCGCACCAGCCAAAAUUUCCAUACAACGCAUUCAAGCUCUCCAGAAAAAGGGUGCUACUGUUUUUUUGUACAUCCUCACAGCGAGUCAUUUACAAUCCAGUGAAAUUCGAAUGAACGGAGAAACAUUGAAGUUGAAACCGGAUGGAACUUUACCGCCGUUCAAGCCAAUUAUCUUAGACUUAUCACAUUCAAUAAAUCUCCCGGGGUAUUCGAUGAUUUUUAUGACAAUACACGGAGCGGAUGUUCCUGCGUGCAAGACUUGAAAGAUGCCAAAGAUUGAAGAAACGUUCGUGAAACGUUCUGUGCACUGAUUUUAAAAUAUUUACAUGUUUUUGUAUAUACCAUAUACUCAUAUUAUAUAUACAUAUAUAUAUUCAAAUUCAAAAAAUAAUGUAGGGUGAUUUCCGAAAGUUAAUCGCUUGAAAAUCUUUGUGAACAUUCAUAUUUGGAGUAAAAGUUCGAGGGAAGAUUAAAAUGGUUCUUCAAGUUUUUAUAGUAUUAGAUUUUCCUUUAGCGAGCACGAAAGGUGGUGGUUUGAUGGCUGUUGCUCCAAAUUUCAAACGCGUACGAUUUUGGGAAAAAAUUUCGUGGCUUUGGUCGUAGUUAAGCACGGUUCCUCGUUUUGCAAACAUCUCAAGAUCGUGAUAUUAUUUAACGAUUAUUUUCGCUCUUUAUUUACAGCCAAUAUAAAGGGGGGUAGGGACCUUUAAGAGGUGAAAGAGACUUUGAGAUCAAAAAACACUUUCACAACAUAGAAAAUCUGACUCGGACUUUUCUCGACUGAGCCAAAAAAUUUAUCAGUUGUUUCAACAAACUUCCAGCAAAUCACCCCGCAUCAAUCAUUUCAUUGCUCUUGACGUAUUCUUCGAAAUUGUGAUGCGAAAGAUUUUUUUAUUAAAAUAUAAAAAUGAAAACCAA